AAAAACAGUCAACGGUAACCGAAUUAUAUUUUUCGGACAAAUACAUUUUGGAGUCUAAACUUGCAUUUGAUUCCAGUAGGAGCAUGGUGUAGCAGUUUAAUCCAACAUGAAGAAGGAACUAAGUAUCAACAAGUAAUUAACAAGAAAAAGCAGAAUCUACAUCAAACAUGGAUCCUGAAUAUGAAAAACGUCUACUUAGACAACAAAAUGGGGGAUCUCCAUACUCAUCACCAUAUUCUUCGCCACUGUCUCUCAGCCCAGGAAGUCCUAUGUCAUCACCGAGUAAAGAGAAAUAUGGGGACAGAUUCAUACCAGCAAGAUCUGGAGCUGCCUGGCACAUCAACUUCAAUCUUAAUUCGGAAAGUCCAAGACAGUCUCCAGUUGCCAGUAGGAAAGCUCGAGAAGUUGCCAAUGACCAAGCUAAGGACGGCUUGGCCUACAAUUGCCUUCUGAAGAAUGAGCUCCUGUCAGCUGGUAUUGAGGAUCUAAAGGAUCAGCAACCAGAUGAAAGAAGAAUUUUAGUUCCAAAAGAGAGCAAGAACUUGUUCAGGUACCAUGUGCCACGUAGGAGCUCAGACGCUGAAUCAUCUCCAUACUCCCUUUCACCUGUGGGCAGCAAAAGUCAGAAACUACUGCGCUCUCCAAGGAAGGCGGUGAGAAAGAUCUCCAAGAUACCGUUCAAGGUCCUAGAUGCCCCCGAGCUACAGGACGAUUUUUACCUGAACCUAGUGGACUGGUCCUCCCAGAAUGUGCUUAGUGUCGGCCUCCAUACGUGUGUUUACCUGUGGAGUGCUUGUACCAGCCAGGUGACGAGACUAUGUGACCUGUCAGGAGAUGGAGAUAAAGUGACCUCUGUGUCUUGGGCUGAGAGGGGUAACCUGGUGGCAGUUGGCACACAUAAGGGCUAUGUCCAGAUCUGGGAUGUGGCUGCCUCCAAGAAAAUUAACACACUGGAGGGACACAGUGCUAGAGUCGGAGCAUUAGCUUGGAAUGGGGACAUGCUGUCAUCAGGCAGUCGAGACAGAUUGAUUCUUCAGCGAGACAUUCGCACCCCGUCUGUUGCUCCUGAGCGUCGUUUGACAGGGCAUAGACAGGAAGUGUGCGGCCUCAAAUGGUCCCCGGACCACCAACAUUUAGCCUCUGGUGGCAAUGACAAUAAACUGUUUGUGUGGAAUAUGACAAGUGUUUCCCCUGUACAGACAUACACAGACCACCUGGCAGCAGUGAAGGCGAUAGCCUGGUCCCCACACCAGCAUGGGUUGCUGGCCAGUGGAGGGGGCACUGCUGACCGGUGUAUACGAUUCUGGAAUACGCUCACUGGACAGCCCCUCCAGAGCGUGGAUACAGGGUCCCAAGUGUGCAAUCUGGCUUGGUCCAAACACUCAAAUGAACUGGUGAGCACACAUGGCUACUCCCAGAACCAAAUCCUAGUGUGGAAAUACCCCUCCCUUGUCCAGAUUGCUAAGCUCACAGGCCACUCAUUCAGAGUAUUAUACCUUGCAAUGUCACCUGAUGGUGAAGCCAUAGUCACUGGUGCUGGGGAUGAGACUCUCCGAUUCUGGAAUGUAUUCAGUAAAACCAGAUCCAACAAGGAAUCCAAGUCAGUGUUGAAUCUCUUCACUCGCAUCCGAUAGACAGCCUCACCCCCACCUUCAUGAUUAUUCACUCCAGUUUUCAUCCAUGCACCACUCAUUAUAAACUUUGAUCAUGAAAAAGUUGGGAUAACUUCGUAAACGGCAUUGACAUUAGCAUUUUCACUUGGUCAUGAAUCAUGCAGAAUCAUGUAGAUAAAUGAGAAAGAAAAUGUUCAGAAUGUUCGGUUGAAUUAAGUAUUAGAUUUUGUGAAGAUGAAUGCAGGAAUUUUAGGGCGCAGAUGUUCUUAACUGUAAAUUGAUUUACAUUUUUUAUAAUGAUGUGUAAUUGGAAUAUUUGGCCAAGUGCUCCAACCGUCUUUGUUUUUCGUCGAGAUUUUUAUCACGUUUUUUGGAUUGUGCAAGUCACAAUGGUCAGUUUUGAUAACAAAUUCUUUUAGCUUUAUAUUUUACAAGCAUUUAUAAAUAUACAUCAUUGCAUUCUUUUGAUAGGGGGCUUUUACUAUUGAUUUAUAUGGGUUUAAAUCUUUAUUUUGGAUAAAGAUAGGGAAACAUAAAUGAAACUGCAAUGGGAAAACUGUCUCCAAAAAAGACAAAUAUUAAAAUAAAUGCCUUGUGAAUUAACAAAAAUUGUACACCGUAUGGAAGAAUUAAUAAACAUCCAAGACUAGAUAUAUAUUUUUUCUUAAAUUCGUAUCAUUUAACUGUUCUAAAAAUAUUUCUCUAUCAGACUUUUUGAAGAAUUGUUGAUUUUAUUAUUUUAUUAUGUCUUUUAAAAUGCAGAUUUUUUUUAUGAAUGUUGACUAUGAAACAUACAUUUGACAAACUAACUGAAAAGACUGGAUACAAAUAUUUUUUUCUUCUGAAGUAUUAGUAUAUAGAAAACAAACAUGUUUUUGUUUACUAUUAUUUAAUUUAAUAAUGUGUACAUGUGGUGUGAAAAUGACAUGAUAUUGAUAUAAUGCAGCCUUUUUUUGUGUGGAAAUUUGGUGGUUCUCUCACAGCAUCAAAUAUCAAUACAUCUUGUGGCUCUAUUUAUAACCAGUAAAGGGGUCGAUGCUUGUAAUACAACAUAAACCGACUGUGCAAUAAUCAAUGAGUUGUUCUAGUGAAGAAUAACGUAUGUGUGAUCAUUUAAUUGUAGUUAGAGUACAUGUUGACAUUUAUAUUGUAAUUAAAGUUUAUUUAUAAUUGUGUUGAUAUUUGAUAAUUAUUAUUCAUAUCAUUUUUUUCAUUUAUCUUAAUAAGUUUUGAAAAAUUGACAAAUAACAAAAGCUUGAGAAAAGUAAACAGUGAGUUAAAGUCUUUGUAAAUAUUUUAAUAUAGCUUAGAUAAUUUUAAAAUUAAUUGGAAUAUAGUCAAAUAAUUAUAUAAAGGUCUCUGAAAAUGAAAAACAAUAUGUAGACAUUUCAAUGGUAUCCUAUUAUUCUCUCUAAACACUCACAUUGUGUAUUUGAGUAAAACAGUUAAAAUUAAAACAAAUUUUGUUUUAUUUCUUAUGCUCCUUUUUUGGUUUGUUUUUUAGAGAUUGUUUAUUGUCAUGUAAGUUAUUAAUAAAUAUUAGAAAAUUCA